CAAUUUUUAUGCUGCCGCCGGUUAUGCGGCUGCCGAUCAUGCGGGUCAAUUGAAUGCGGCCGCCCAUCAUCAUCAUAUGACCACUUUGGCGGCGGCUGCUUAUUUGAGGGGAUUCCUGCCGCCCGGUUUUAGUACGCCCCAUGAGUUUAGGGGUCAUUUUCAGCAGCAUUUCGGUUCACAGUUUGCAGGUCUGGUUUCAAAAUCGCCGUGCUAAAUGGCGUAAGACCGAAAAAUGCUGGGGCCACAGUACCAAAAUGGCCGAAUAUGGCCUUUACGGUGCCAUGGUUAGACAUUCAUUACCUCUGCCUGAAACUAUCAUCAAAUCUGCCAAAGAAGAUGAAUCAGUGGCGCCUUGGCUUUUGGGAAUGCAUAAAAAAUCACUCGAGGCAGCCGAUGUUUUAAAAUCGGAUGAUAGUGAUCGUGAAACACCCACCUCGGAUGACACAAAUACCUCUUAUUCGGCCGGCAGUACACACAACUCACCCAUAUCGUCGUUUUCCAUUUCACGGCUGCUCUUCGAUAACAGUUCCCAUCAUCAGGGUAAACAUAAAGGUCAGACACAUGUUAGUGCCGCCGGCGGUUUGGCUCCUGUAAAUCAUGAUAUUAUGACCAAUUCACAUCAUACGGGUAUGCAACAUCAUCCCUAUAAUCAACAGCAACAUUUACAUCAUCUUCAGCAAUUGCAUCAGCAACAUCAACAGCAGCAACAACAACAUCAACAGCAACAGCAUCAACAUCAGCUUAUGAUGGCCGAGGCUGCUGAAUUACAUCGCCGCCGUCAAGAGGAAUAUCAGAGAGAACAACAUCAAAGAGAUUUAAGUGCUCAUCAUCUGCAGCAGCAACAACAACAACAGCAGCAACAGCAACAAUCUCAACACUUAGCACGUUUUAAUGAUGAUCAUGAUGAUGAUCUUAUGGCUGAGGAUGAUAACGAUGAUGAUGAUUGUGAUAAAGAGGAGAUUGAUAUUUGUGAUGAUACCGAUGAGGAUCCCAUUAAAGAUAUUAAAAUGAUCAAACGUGAAGAAGUAGAGAAUAGAUGAAAUUUAUUUAUCGAUGUUUUAUUGUAAAUUAAAAAAUGAAUAGUUUUUUUUUUAAGAAAUCAACACGCUUUUAGACACUUAAAUGGAAAAAAAAUCAAUAAUACAACAAAAACACAAACAAAUAAUAAUAAUUUUUAGGUUUUUUUAAUAAUAAACAAUUUAAUAAAUAUUUUAUUGAAAACUUUACUUAGUCCAGACACAAACCAACCCUCGGCACUACAAAUCAAAAGAAAUAAUUUUAGAAAUCUUUAAUUUCACACAAAAUAACAACGAAUUUCUUUUUAAAAAAAUUUUUGUAAAAUACAAAAAAAGAUAAAUUAAAGAACAACAUAAAAAAUAUU